AUGGCCGAUCAGUAUGGGUCGAGAACGGCCCCGUUCUACCAUAUCCCCUCUCGUCGCAUCGUCAGUGUGGAGCAUCCUGCCAUCAUCAGAAACCUCGACAAGGCCGUCGACACGCUGAAAGGUGAUGCGGGGAUCACCAGAAUCUUGCACCCACCCAAGCCAGACAGCCCGGCCCAUCUGCUCCUCCGUCCGGAGGAUGCCAUGUCCCGGCCGCUUCAGUCGACCAGCUCGACGUCCAACAACAUCCUCCUCAAGGUGACUGUUCCAAAGAGAACAGGUCGCAAGCGCAAGAAGGGAUCAAACGAGCCCUUCACCGGCGUUGCUGUCUCGACGAUUCCCACGGAGCCGCAACGGCGCAGCGCACGAGAACUGCUGCGGACUCUGGGUGAUAAUGUCGGAAGAUAUCAAGUUGAGCCGGUGGGCUCUAUCAGCCGGACACAUGUGUUUCGAGCAGGCAUGCCGGACUAUGUCUUCUCCACGACAUCUAGUUCCUUCGCCAACCGUUUCCGGGAGCAGAUAUUGCCAUUCGACUAUGAGAAAAUGAAACAAUUCGACCUUGAUAUGACCAAAGGAGCCAUCUCCAACGUGGAUCUGAUCCCACCACCAUCCUUCAGUUUCGGCGACAUCCCCUUCAACUACAUCUAUCGCCAAAACCCCACGGUGCGCCAAUCCAUCGACACCUCCGGCAACAUCACGACCGUCAACACCCAACGCGUCGUCAAAGUACUCACGCACCUCGUAUCCUACGACGUAGCCACCGUCCCCGACAAACCCCGCGACAGCUGUCCCCCCAUCGCCACCCUGGACAAAAUCCUCCAAGAAACCAUCGCGACCGUGGAAUCCCUCUUCUCUCAACGUCCCGCCUGGACCCGUCGCGGCCUGCGCAACUCCCUCCCCACCCUCGAACAGCGCUACGCCCUCCGCCACGCCAUCCCCUACGUAGGCUACAUCUUCCGCUCGGGACCCUGGCGCGACGCCAUCGUCAAAUACGGCCACGACCCACGCACCUCCCCAUCCUACCGAAUCUACCAAACCGCCAUGUUCCGCAUCCUGCCGCGCGACGCCGAAGUCGCCCGAGACGGCUACACGGGUCGCCGACACGCCGCCGCCCGUCCCAACGAAGUUCCCCUCGACCACAUCGACUCGCAACUCCCGACCGACUCCCACCUCUUCACAGGGGAACUACCCCUCCCGCGCGACGGCCGCAUGUGGAUGUUCUGCGACGUGACGGAUCCGACCCUCCGAAGCAUCCUCUUCCCACCAAACCCACCGACAACCUUCCUCCGGGAAACAUGCGACAUCGUCACAGACGGGUGGUUCGGGAACGGGACACUCGCGAAAACGAAAACGAUUAUGCGCGCGAAGAUCCUCUCCUUGCUGGACGAUAAGGUCACAAAUGAUGAGGAGUUUGCGAAUAUCCUGACGUUGCCGGAUCAUGCGACGCCGGAGUCUGUCAUGGUGGACUUUUGGUUGGAUCCGAGUGUCGCGUCGCAGAGGGAGAUGAUGAUGGCGACGGAGUUGAGGGCGAUGAUUAAGGGCGCGCCGGCGUGGAAGGAGAAGGCGGCGGGGGAGAAGCGUGGGCGGGGAGUGGUGAGGGAGGAGGAACAGGAGGAGGGGACGGCGCGGUCGAAGGGGAAGAGGGCAGUGCGUCGGGUACAGUUUCAGGAGGAUGUGGUGGGUGGUGAGGAGGGGGGUGAGGAAUUGAGUGAAGGUGAGGAAGAGGCGUAUGAGCAGGAAGAGCUGGCGGAGGCGGCGGCGGAGGCAGCGGCCGCAGCGUCAGUUGCUGAAGAUGAGGAGCAGGGGGAAGAUGAGGAUGAGGAUGAGGAAGACGAGAGCGAUGAAGAACAAUCCGAGGAUGACGAUGAGGAUACGGAUAUGCUUGGCGCCGAGACCAAGAGAGCUACACGGCGGAGAGCUUAAAUGUACUUUGCAGAUUACCAAUGAGCAAGUUCGUUGCAUCGAGAUUCUUAAUUUUUUUUGUUGGACUAAGCCAAG